GUAUACAACCAGGCUUUCAGACGUGAGCGCUGGAAGAAGUGGGUGGAUAGCUCUUGACACUUUUCUGUGUCUAAUUUAUCGCUUUACAAUUAUAUUUUUUUGCCUUCGCAGUAAACAUUUUCUAUCGAGUGAGUAGUGGCAGUCUUUUAUUGAGGAACUUUCUGAUAGAGUCAGAUUCUCAAGUUAGGUCAAGAUGGCCCAGUGGAACCAGUUGCAGCAGCUAGAGACCAGGUAUCUGGAGCAGCUCUACCACCUAUACAGUGACAGCUUCCCUAUGGAACUGCGGCAGUUCCUCGCACCCUGGAUCGAAAGCCAGGACUGGGCUUACGCUGCCAACAAGGAGUCGCACGCCACCCUGGUGUUCCACAACCUCCUGGGUGAGAUAGACCAGCAGUACAGCCGCUUCCUGCAGGAGAACAAUGUCCUAUACCAGCACAACCUGCGCCGCAUCAAGCAGCACCUGCAGAGCAAGUACUUGGAAAAGCCUAUGGAGAUCGCCCGCAUCGUCGCCCGCUGCUUGUGGGAGGAGCAACGCCUGCUGCAGACCGCCACCGCAGCCGCGCAGGACGGACAGGCCGCCCACCCUACAGGUACCGUGGUGACAGAGAAGCAGCAGAUUCUGGAGCACAACCUUCAAGACAUCAGGAAACGAGUGCAGGACAUGGAACAGAAGAUGAAGAUGCUGGAGAACCUGCAGGACGACUUUGAUUUCAACUACAAGACACUGAAAAGCCAAGGAGAGUUAUCCCAAGACCUGAACGGCAACAGCCAAGCGGCCGCCACCAGGCAACGUAUGGCUCAGCUGGAGCAGAUGCUGAGCACGUUGGACCAGCUCAGGAGGCAAAUUGUGACAGAAAUGGGAGGCUUACUGACCGCCAUGGAUUACGUACAGAAGAACCUGACAGAUGAAGAACUGGCCGACUGGAAGCGACGGCAGCAAAUUGCCUGCAUCGGGGGUCCGCCUAAUAUCUGUCUAGACCGCCUGGAGACAUGGAUCACGUCCUUGGCCGAGUCCCAACUCCAGAUCCGUCAACAGAUCAAGAAGCUGGAGGAACUCCAGCAGAAAGUGUCCUACAAAGGGGACCCCAUUGUCCAGCACCGGCCUGCCUUGGAGGAGAAGAUAGUGGACUUGUUUCGUAACCUCAUGAAGAGUGCAUUUGUGGUGGAAAGACAACCGUGUAUGCCCAUGCACCCGGACAGACCGCUGGUUAUCAAAACAGGCGUGCAGUUCACAAAUAAAGUCCGGCUACUUGUGAAAUUCCCUGAACUAAAUUACCAGCUGAAAAUCAAAGUUUGCAUUGACAAGGAGUCUGGAGAUGUGGCAGCAAUCAGAGGGUCACGAAAGUUCAACAUCCUGGGCACCAACACCAAAGUCAUGAACAUGGAGGAGUCCAACAACGGCAGCCUGUCGGCGGAGUUUAAACACUUGACCCUGAGAGAGCAGCGGUGCGGGAACGGCGGACGCACCAACAGUGACGCAUCUCUUAUUGUCACCGAGGAGCUCCAUCUCAUCACUUUUGAAACAGAAGUUUAUCAUCAGGGCUUGAAGAUUGACCUGGAGACGCAUUCACUGCCCGUGGUGGUCAUUUCCAACAUCUGUCAGAUGCCCAACGCCUGGGCCUCCAUCCUGUGGUACAACAUGCUCACCGAUCAGCCUAAGAAUGUGAACUUUUUCACCAAGCCCCCCGUGGGGACGUGGGACCAGGUGGCAGAAGUGCUCAGUUGGCAGUUCUCGUCCACCACCAAGAGGGGGCUGACCAUCGAACAGCUUACCACACUGGCUGAGAAACUGCUAGGGCCGUCUGUCAACUAUUCCGGCUGUCAGUUCACCUGGGCCAAGUUCUGCAAGGAAAACAUGGCUGGCAAAGGCUUUUCAUUCUGGGUGUGGCUGGACAACAUUAUUGAUCUGGUCAAGAAAUAUAUCCUGGCGCUGUGGAACGAGGGGUAUAUUAUGGGCUUCAUCAGCAAAGAGCGAGAGAGAGCCAUUCUCAGCCCGAAACCGCCAGGCACCUUUCUUCUGCGUUUCAGCGAGAGCAGCAAGGAGGGCGGCAUCACGUUUACGUGGGUGGAAAAAGACAUCAGCGGGAAAACUCAAAUCCAGUCUGUGGAGCCGUACACCAAACAGCAGCUCAACAGCAUGUCAUUCGCCGACAUCAUCAUGGGCUACAAAAUCAUGGACGCCACCAACAUCCUGGUUUCACCCCUGGUGUAUCUCUACCCUGAAAUCCCCAAGGAGGAAGCUUUCGGGAAGUACUGCAGACCCGAGGCGGCUCCUGAACCAGAGAUGCCGGGAGACUCCACAAGCACGAUUCAACCGUACUUGAAGACAAAGUUCAUCUGCGUUACCCCGUGUCCCUCCGUGUUCAUGGACUUUCCGGACAGUGAGCUGCUUGGGAACGGAUUCCCAGGAACAAACUCUGGGAACACCAGCGACCUUUACUCGCUCUCGCUCUCUCCGCGCACUCUGGACUCGCUGAUGCCCAACGAAGCCGAGGCUAAUCCGGGACAUCUGGAAUCCCUCACUCUGGACAUGGACGUGGCGUCUCCAAUGUGAGGACGUCCUUCGAGAUGAACUUGAAAGAUGAUUGACACUCUGACAUGUGACUUUCACCUUCACAAGGUCUAAUUAUUCUCAUAUGUAUGUCCACUUUUUAAUGAAUACCAGGAGCUCUGUGGUUAUCGUCGCCACUUUCUACAUAAAAUUCAGUACUUGUUAUUUUUCCUGGGAAAAUCAUCAGCUUUUUAUGACAGAAUGUGUGUGUGUGUGUGUGUUUUUCUUCGGUUGUUGUCCUAUAAGCUAUGAACUGCUUUUUUUUUGUGUUACACAUUUUUAAUCCUUGCCAAAUAGAAUAAUACACUUGUAUAGUGAAGCGCUAUAAAACACAUGUAAAUAUUUUAUUCAUAUCACUGUUUUGUGCUUGUUUUAGUACAAAAAUGAACCUGUAGCGUUCUAAUUACUGUGACAACCUGUCUAUUCAUAGUAUGUGUAUGGCCUGAAUUCACUCGAAAAAUCAUUGAAAAAAUGAUUUUUUUUUUUACAUUGAAUUUAUUUGGGAGUAGAAGAGGCACUGCCAUGUUUGAAAAUUGUUUUCUGUACAAAAGAAAAAUGCUGUAACUAUUCAUUAUUUUUAGGCAAUAAAAACAAAUUCACCCCGAAA